AUGGCUUCUCAUGGAGACCUGGCCACGUUUCUUUCACGCGGACCGGUGCCAGCCAGUGUGCCCGCCGCUUUGCUUGAGGGCCCCCUGGUCUGCCUGCAGGACUUUGCUGAGGCAGACUUACAAGAUUUGGUCUGGCAAAGCUUCCAUUUCUUCAACACAAAGUUCUUUGGCAACCAGCUUUUCGUCGACGAAAUUCGAUUUCGCGGAUCGGUUCCAGGUUGUUCAGAAGCUUCUGAAGGGGCUGAGGCUGCAGUACUUUGCGAGUUCUCAGGCGACUUCACCGCGGCAAGGUUGUGGAUCGAAUUCAUAUGGCCAUUUUGCAGAAAAUGGCCGGUCACAAGGAUGGCAUCAGUCCUCCUCCAUGAGAUGGUGCACGUGUCACAAGACUCGAGCUGGGCGAGGUGGGAUUCAGCUGCCACGGCGCAUUCUUCCCACUUCCUCAGGAUCUGUGCGGAUUUGAACCAAGUCUGCCAGGAUCAGGACUUCCCGUUCUUCCCCAACGUGUUGACCGAAUCGUGGGUCCUGCUAGGAGUGAGCUAG